AUGGCUAGCAAAUUUUGUUUCGAAGCUCUUGACAAGUCUUUGAAAGAUAUAAUGGGUCAUGACAAGGUUGCUUCUAAGACAAUUUUUGGAGGAAAGGUUGUGGUCUUUGGUGGUGAUUUCAGACAAAUUCUACCCGUUGUUCCUAGAGGAACCCGGUCUGACAUUGUUCAUUCAACAAUAAAUGCGUCAUAUAUUUGGGAUCAUUGCAAAGUUCUAACGCUCACAAAAAAUAUGCGUUUGGUAUCUGGGACAAAUUCAACAAAUGUAGAUGAAAUAGACCGCUUUUCUAAGGGGAUAUUACAAGUUGGAGAUGGAAAGAUAUCUGAACCAAAUGAUGGAUAUGCUGAAAUUUGUAUUCCACCUGAGUUACUUCUAACAGAUUUUGUAAACCCAAUUGAAAAGAUUGUUACAAGUACCUAUCCGAAUAUCCUUGAUAAUUACACAAAUUCAACUUUCCUUCAAAGUAGAGCAAUAUUAGCUUCAACCAUCGAAGUUGUGGAUGAAAUCAAUGAUUACCUAAUAAAUCUUCUACCAGGUGAUGCAAAGGAAUUUUUAAGUAGUGACUCAAUUGACAGGGCCGAAGCUAAUGACAAUGAUGGUUUUGAGCAUUUGACACCUGAAUUUUUAAGUUGUUUGAAAUGUUCUGGUUUGCCAAAUCAUUCAUUGAAGCUAAAAGUUGGUACUUGUGUGAUGUUGAUAAGGAAUUUGGAUCAAUGUGAAGGUCUUUGCAAUGGUACAAGAUUAACGGUAACUAGACUUGCAAAUCAUGUCAUCGAAGCCAAGAUUAUAUCAGGUACAUAUAUUGGAAAUACUAUUUACAUCCCAAGAAUGUCUUUAUCUCCUUCUCAAUCACCUUGGCCAUUCAAACUCAUUCGAAGACAGUUCCCCAUUAUUGUUUCAUUUGCUAUGACCAUAAAUAAAUCUCAAGGCCAAUCGUUAGACUAUGUUGGUCUAUAUUUGCCUAAAGAUGUCUUUAGUCACGGUCAACUAUAUGUGGCUAUGUCAAGAGUGAAGAGCAAAAAUGGGUUGAAAAUCUUGAUUCACGACAAAGACAAGAAACCAUUAUCUCAAACAACUAAUGUGGUCUUCAAAGAAGUGUUUCAUAAUGUUGUAUAG